UCUCCUUUAGAGGUGGCCGCGCCAGCCACAGCCUGCGGCCAGUAGAGCGCGGGCUGAGGGGGCCGAGGGAGCGGGGCGGCGGCGGCGGCGGCGGGAGCAGGUCGGCUGCGCGCGCGGGCGGUGGACUGGAGGCGGUGAGGACAUUAGGAUGGCUACUCCCCAGUCAGUUUUUAUCUUCGCGAUCUGCAUUUUAAUGAUAACAGAAUUAAUUUUGGCCUCAAAAAGUUACUAUGAUAUCUUAGGUGUGCCAAAAUCAGCAUCAGAGCGUCAAAUUAAGAAGGCCUUUCAUAAAUUGGCUAUGAAGUACCAUCCUGACAAAAAUAAGAGCCCUGAUGCUGAAGCAAAAUUCAGAGAGAUUGCAGAAGCUUAUGAAACACUCUCCGAUGCCAGUAGUCGAAAGGAAUAUGAUACACUUGGACAUAGUACUUUUACUAAUGGCCGAGGACAAAGAGGUAGUGGAAGUUCUUUUGAGCAGUCAUUUAACUUCAAUUUUGAUGACUUAUUUAAAGACUUUGAUAUUUUUGGACAAAACCAAAACACUCGUUCCAAGAAGAAUUUUGAAAAUCACUUCCAGACACACCAGGAUGGUUCCAAUAGACAAAGGCAUCAUUUUCAGGACUUUUCUUUUGGAGGCGGACUGUUUGAUGAUAUGUUUGAAGAUAUGGAGAAAAUGUUUUCUUUUAAUGGCUUUGACAACGCCAAUCGGCACACAGUACAGACUGAAAAUAGAUUCCAUGGAUCUAGCAAGCACUGUAGGACUGUCACUCAAAGAAUAGGAAAUAUGGUUACUACAUACACUGAAUGUUCAGGACAGUAGUUUGGUGGGUUUUGGUUAAUAAACCAACUAGUUGAUUCUUCCUUAAUAACUUUGAUGCAAAACAGUUUUCUGUGAACUAUUUUGACAAGAACAUGAUUUCAUGUAACUUGAUAAAAACUAUGAGAUCUUUUUAAAUUGUUUUUGAAAAAUUUAGCAACAUUCAGCUAGUAGAGAAAUUGCUAUUCAUUUCCUUGAUUAGGAAAGGUCCUUUUGUAAAAAGAUCACGUAAUUUGGCCUGGUCUUUUUCCCCCAUCUUGCCCUUAGGCUUUUUUGACAUGACCAGUUUUAUUAUAACCAAGGAAAAAUUGAGUUUGCCUGAUGUUUAAAGAUUAGACCUCAAAGGUUAUGGUAAAUGAAUGAUUUUUUUGCAGUGAAACUUUGCUAAUUUAAAAUUGCAUGCUCUGUGGCAUCUUUGAUUUAGCAACAUGGGUUGUUAAUGUAUGUGAAACUAAUUGAAUUGUUCAGCAACUGGAUAGCAGUAUCUAGGGUAAUUUCCCCUGAACACAUUAGAAAGGCUUGGUUUACUAUUCACCACAGAACUAUGCCUUUCUGUGUUUUAGAAUUGGGAUAAAGGAAAUGAUUGUGAUGCUCAUAAUCAUUUAGGCCAAAGGGAAACUGAAAAUUUAUAAAGCUAUUGCCAAGAAAUUGUUACAUGUUUGUUCCCUGGCUAAUGAUUUUAUAGUGUUGAAAUCAUAGCUACUUUACAUACCUUUUCACAUUUCUUUCUUGGUUCAUGCCUUAGGUCUUAAUAUGGACUUAACGUAUUUUUUUUUGAGUGUGGUUUCUUUCUUUGCACUCACUUUAUCUAGAGAUUGACUAAUACCUCAUUCUGUUUGUGAAAACAGCCAGUAAUUUCUGUGCAACCGUAUUAUGUGCAAUAUUUUUAAAUCCUAAAAAUGUGUGCUUUUGUUUUCAAAUAUUCUUAUUUCUAUAGUUCUGCACUUUUCCAUUUUAUACUCCAUAUUGAGUAUUAAUCCUAUGGAUACAUAUUAAAACUAGUAAAUGUCUCAUACAAUAUGUGUGAGAAAUACAAUAUUUACAAUA